AUGGCUGCGGCCGGGCUGUGCGGGCUCGCUGCCGGCAGCGCCGCCCCGCGGCCGAGGGAGCCGGGAGCCGUGCUCCGCCACCGGCCGCCCCGCUCCCGCCAUUCCGCCUGCCCUCAGCAGCGGAGCGGGAUGCAGGGCGGAGCGGCCGGCAGCGAGCCCCCGUCCUUCGGUCCUUCCAAGCGCUUCCCGGUGGCGGCGGUGGAUGCUAUCCUGAGGGAUGUGCUGGGGAGCUGCCUGAGGGAGCAGCCCUACGAGCCCGUGCGGUGCAGGGAGAUGGUGAAGGACAUCGCUGAGCUUAUUAAAGCGCGGGUAAAAGACCUGAUGAUACCCAGGUACAAGAUCGUUGUGGUGACACACAUUGGGCAGCUGAAGGAGCCGAGCAUCCAGAUCGGAAGCAGGUGCCUGUGGGAUCCUGUGAGCGAUACGUUUUCAUCGUACGUGUUCAAGAACGCGUCACUGUUUGCUCUUGCAAAUGUCUACGCUGUUUAUUUGGAAUAAGGUAGAGUUUAACCGCAGGAGAAAUGAAUAUCCAGCCUAACUCUCCCUGUUUCUGUUGCGGAAAAGGGUUGUGAAGGACCAAGGCAACUUUCACCUGUUUGAAAUGUGGUUACCAUGAGCCUUCCGGUGGUGAAUGUAAUAACUGUACUUCCCAGAGUUUCCUCUGGGCCGUGAUUUGCUGUGACAUAUGAUUUGCACCUGAUUCUAGCUGCUUUCAGAACUGGGUGUCCCUGAAAUACUUUCUUUUGCCCUGAAUUUGUUCUUACUGAGUAACCCCAAGUAGAAAACACAGAGGGAUUUGGGGAAAGUAAACCAAAAGCAUUUUAAAACCGUCCCUGUUAAAUGGCAACUGCAGGCAGGGAAACACAUGCUGGGCCUGUGGCCCUGGCUCCAUGCACAUACUGUGUUGCAGGUGCUGUGUCCCAUCAAGCUGUGAUAACUCGGUGCUGCGAGUUACCCUGCCCUGCCUGGGGGACAGGGGGGUACCUUCAAACCUUCCUGCUGAAGAGAGGAAAGGAGAAUGAGUCAUUCUGGCCUGCCUCCCCUUGCACCCUGAGUACAGAAAAGGUGGCCAGGAAAAGGUGUCUGGUUCUGCUUUGAGGAGACUAGCUCAGUCCCAUAGGGUUUGAAAUCAAGUGAAAAACAUCUUCAAAUUAUGUUUAAAGUAUAUAGAUCUAACAUAUCUGGGCCCUUCUGUUGAAGGUGCUUGAAUCCAGCAAAGAAAAAUUGAAUUGGGGUUCUCAUCUGAUAGAUACCUAUAGCUAAGAGAGGAAGUACAGCCCUGUGAGCUCAGAAGUGUGUUUCCAGUCUCUCUGGAUGCACAUUAACUGUUCACUUGGUAGGGCCUUGUAUAGUCAUUACUGGAAGCAGCUGGAAUAGGAAAUAAAUCCUAGCUAUUGCCUGCCCAGUUUGGGGCUGGUAAUGGCUGGUGGCAGCUCCUGCCUGCUGCAGCCCUUUUCUGCUGCAGUAGUGGGGUCUGGCUGACUUGCUGCACUGUGUGGUACUCCACCAGAGCUGUCUGCAUGGCCUGGGUUUGGUUCUGGUUCUGAAAAAGGACUUCUUGCUACCCAUAUUUCACAGCUGAAACCUGCUGCUGGGCUUUCAUAAGAGAAUGAGCAUAUAAUAAAUUGUGUGGUUUGUUGGAUUUUAUGUGGAACUAGAACAGUAGUUAGAUGGAAACAGAUAUUUGUACUGAUGUCUAGAAGUUUAAUUCUAAACCACUGUGAAGACUUUGUGGCAUCCAGGCAUUCCAGCCUGAACUGUCCUUGCAGCAUUUACUAGCUUGCACUACAUUGAACAUUCAGCCUUUACUCCCUAGUGUGCUCCAGAAAAUAAAGCUACAGUUCAAGAAUACAACUGAAAUAA